AAGGACAGUAGUUGUAGGCUAUUGUGAUUUUUGAAAGAAAGAGAAGUGAGAAAGCUUCGAGCAGAAGCAAAGAGCGGAACAGCAACAAUGAAGUGGGUGAGAGGAGCAAUCGUCGGCAGGGGUAGUUUCGGCACCGUGAAUUUAGCUACUCCCUUCUGCAAAUCACAGGUAGACAUCCCUCCAAUCAUAGCCGUAAAAUCUACCCUCCUCUCCCAAUCGUCUUCCCUCAAGAAAGAGAGCGUGAUUUUAUCACAAUUACAAGAUUGCCCCCAAAUCCUCCGCUGUUUUGGCGACGACACCACCACCGAAGACGGCCAAACACUCUACAACCUCUUGCUAGAGUACGUCUCCGGCGGAACCCUUGCCGAUCGUCUCACCUGCUCCGGCAUCGGAAGAUUGCCGGAAUCUGACGUCCGGCGUUACGCGCGGUCGAUUCUGAAGGGGCUUGAUUUCGUGCAUAAGAAGGGCUACGUUCAUUGCGAUAUUAAGCCUCGCAAUAUUCUGGUUUCUUCUGAUUCUGAGGUUAAGAUUGCCGAUUUCGGGCUAGCGAAGAAGUGCGGGGAGAAGAUGGAAGAUGGGAAGAUCUGCUUGCGUGGGACCCCUUUGUAUAUGGCGCCGGAGUCGGUGGCCCGGAGCGAGUAUGAAGCGCCGUCGGAUGUCUGGUCGCUAGGAUGUGUGGUGUCGGAGAUGAUCGCCGGGAAGCCGGCGUGGAGGUGCACGAAGAAUGCUGAUGUGAGCGGUGUUCUGUUCCGGAUUGGGUUCGGCGAUGAAUUGCCGGAGAUUCCUAGGAUGUUGUCGGAUGAAGGGAGGGAUUUCUUGGGGAAGUGUUUCGUUAGGGAUCCGGCGAACAGAUGGACGGCUGAGAUGCUUCUCAAUCAUCCCUUCAUCGUGGAGGAGAUGAUUGAAGGACAUGGUGCGUUGUCAGCUUUGAAAGCCACUUCUUCUCCGAGGAGCAUGUUCGAUUUUCCUCCAUGGGUGUCGUCGCUGCAUUCUUCGAUGCCUUCUCUCUGUUCUGAUUCAGAGUCUUUCAAUGAAGGGGAAUUGGACCCAUCAUCUCUGGUUGAUCGGGUUCGCCAGCUGGCAACAGGGCCGCCACCAGAUUCAUCAUCUUGGGACGAUGAUUGGGUUGAUGUUAGAGGAGCAGAGCCCUCUGUUUCUCCAGUGGAAGAAGAGGAUUCUUUGCUAAUUUUGUUAGAUAAGAUGAUGAGAGAUGGUCAAAGAGACGAGAAUUCGAAUUCAUCUCAGAUUCAGGGGAAGGAGAUCGCAAGCCCUUCUGAAUCAAAAUCAGUUUUCUUAUUGCCAUUUCAGCAAUGCCAAUCCAAAGCAUCUGAUCGAGAUGGGAGCAUCGAUCAUGUUCUUAAUUCGAUAGAGGAGUUGGCGUGCAGAAGAAAAAGAAAGGGCGGGAAUGCAGAUGGGUCUCAAGAUAGUAGGAUGAAUGGUUCUGAAUCUUUUGAUUCCUCAUUAUCUUCUUUGGAUUUUCAUUGUGUUGAUUCUCCCAUUUCAAAUGAAUACAAAUACAGAAAUUUUUACUGAA